GCGGGCAUUUCCGGUCCGACUUUCUGAGGGCUCAGCUAAGGCAGGGAAGGAGUCUGUGACCCGCUGCCGGGAGCCGAGGAGAGCGGGGCGAGCUCGGAGUCCGCGCCAUGGAUGAAGUGACCUAUGAAGAUGUGCAUGUGAACUUCUCUCAGGAAGAGUGGGCUUUGCUGGAUCCUUCUCAGAAGAAUCUCUAUAAAGAUGUGAUGCUAGAAGCCUAUUGGAACCUUACUUGUAUAGGCUAUAAAUGGGAAGACCAGAAUACUGAAGAACAUUGUCAAAGUUCUAGAAGAUAUGGAAGGUAUAUCAACUAUGGAUAUGGAAAGAAGCUGUGUACCUCUCUCUUUCCCAGAAUAAUUAGAAGAUAUGUUGUUGUCCCCACUAUGAGAAGACAGGGUGAACGGGAUACAAGUUUACAAAUAAAUGGUUUUUCAGCUUCAGUGGGAAUACAUCAAAAUAUUGACAUUGGAGAAAAGCCCUUAGAGUACAGGAAAUGCAGGGAAUCUUCUCUCUGUCUUGGUUUAUAUUGCACAUGUAGUUUGACUCACAGUACAGGAAAUUGUUAUGAAUGCAAUCAGUGUGGGAAAGCUCUGAGUUCUUCUAGUUCUCUUCAAGGAGAAGAGAAAACUCAUAUGGGAAAAGAAAGUGAUAAACAUGAGUCAAUUAGUAAAAGCUUUAACCAGCACAGGUAUCUUCAAGUAUACAAGACAACCUAUAAUGAAGAGGAUCUCUAUAAAUGUAAUCAAUGUGAUAAAGCCUCUUUAGAAUUCCACCAAAGAACUCAUUUGGAAAUGAAACCCUAUGAAUAUAAUCAAGGAGAUAAAGUCUUUGUAUGUCACAGUCAUCAUCAAGUAGGUAGAAGUAAUACUGGAGAAGAAAAGUAUGAGUAUCAUCAAUGUGGUAAAGCCUUUGCAUGUCCCAGUUACCUUCAAAUAUAUGGAAGAAUCGAUACCGGAGAGAAACGCUAUAAAUGUAAUCAAUGUGGUAAAGCCUUUGCAUGUCGCAGUAAUCUUCAAAAGCAUGAAAGAACUCAUACAGGAGAGAAACCCUAUGCAUGUAACCACUGUGGCAAAGCAUUUGCCUGUCGCAGUAAUCUUCAAAUACAUGAAAGAAUUCAUUCUGGAGAGAAACCAUAUAAAUGUAACCAAUGUGGUAAAGCCUUUGCAUGUACCAGUUAUCUUCAAAUGCAUGAAAGAAUUCAUACUGGAGAGAAACCCUAUAAAUGUAAUCAAUGUGGUAAAGCCUUUGCAUGUCGUAGUAAUCUUCAGAAGCAUGAAAGAACUCACACUGGAAAGAAACCCUAUGAAUGUAACCACUGUGGUAAAGCCUUUACAUGUCACAGUACUCUUCAAAUACAUGAAAGAAUUCAUACUGGAGAAAAACCCUAUAAAUGCAGUCAGUGUGGUAAAGCGUUUGCACGUAAGAGUUAUCUUCAAAAUCAUGAAAGAAUUCACACUGGAGAGAAACCCUAUGAAUGUAAUCAGUGUGGUAAAGCCUUUGCAUGUCUCAGUACUCGUCAAAAGCAUGAAAAAAUUCAUACUGAUAAAAAAAUCGCCCAGGAAUCUAAGAAAUGAUGUAUAGACUUGCAUACCACAUUUAUUUUUCCUGCUGAGCUCUCUCACUGGUGCUAAAGUAAGAUUAGUAAAACCAUUCCAUUAUUAAAAUAGUUCCUCCUUUUCAGAUUGUACACAUGUUGUCAUCCAAAAAUACAGGAAUACAGGACAUUUGAAUAAUAAAAUUUAUUUGUAAAUGAUA